AUGAGCGACUUCUGGGACCGCAACAAAGGCUCCAUAAUGUCUGGUCUUGCCACGGCCGGAAAGCAGGGAUACAAGGGCACCAAGUUUGUCGCUAAAACUGGCUAUAAAGCUGGGAAGCAGCACUAUAACAGUUCCAAAAACAAAAGAGAAGGGAACUCCAACAACAGUAGCAGUUCGGAUUUAACUAUAUCGAGUCCACCGCCUUUAACUGCAGAUGUCUCAAAUUUUCCGCCCCCUCCCGUCAAACCGGGGCAAAACCAGUAUCAUGGAAGUUCAAGAGGCGGCUCUGGGAAUGUUCCGCCAGCAGCUACCUCUCGUACUUCUUCAACAUUGCCCUCUUCAUACUCGAGUGAACAGAAUCCAAUAAUUCCACAAAUUGGAAACCCGCAAGCAGUCCCCUACCAAGUACCUGCACCUGUACCCCAGUACACCACUGCAGAUUCUCAGGCCCCCCAUAUAGCCUCUCGAGCUGCGACCAUUGUGCCCGGUACACAACUACCAAUUAGCUCGCACCCUAACAACACUGCUCCAGCAACAUAUAACACUCGCCCCGUGCCACUUCCUCAUAGAGCACCGGACAAUAAUGCUGCUGCUGGUUUAGUUGCUGAUCCUCAACUUCUCUCCAACACUUCACUACCUAGAGCCACCCGUCAGUUGCUAACUAUAGACACCGCUUCAAUUGCGACCCAAAACCCAAAUAUAUCUCAAGAGGCAUUUGCAGUGCCACCUGCGAACACCAUGGCAAGCCCAUUCCCGCAAACCACGCAUGCGUCAUACUUAGCUGCUUCCCAGUCGCCAGUCCAGCCAGAAAGCAUAGCGUCAAAUAAGGUUUCUGAGCCUACGCCAGCGGUACCAGCUGUGCCAACGAGGACGUACGUUCGCGCUCCUGCAGCGCUGCCUGUUCAACCGCUUCCACAAGAAGAACGGCAAGCCAUGCCACAAGCCAUGCCACAAGUCAUGCCACAAGCCAUGCCACAAGUCAUGCCACAAGCCAUGCCACAAGUCAUGCCACAAGCCAUGGCACAGACAUCGCAGCCAUUUCCUGAAGAAAAUGGGGUUUCUGAUGUGCAGGAGCUCAAAUCUCCGACUUCUGCAACAACAGUGAAGCCUUAUUCCUGGAAAGACUCUGAAGAAUUGAAGGAAUCUUUGCGAAUAAAAAUCCAAAAUGUAGACAUCUCUUCCUUACCAACACCUCCUGUUCACCGCAACCGUUCUGAAAGUCCUUCCAGCGAAACAAGCUCCCUACGGAGCAAGAUUAAGUCAAGGUCCCAGUCACCUAGUGGGUUAAAAUCACCAACUCAGAGCACAGCUGUUAAUUUGAAGACAACUGAAACAGGAAAGGCAAUGAGCACUUCAAGACAAACUCCACAGCAGACUGGCAGAAGUAGCAGAGAGGGCGAGGGAGCCAACAACGGAAUAGCAGGGAGGUAUGACAGCAGUGUUCAGGUUAAUUUUCCUCCCCCUCCAAAGCCAUCCAGAUCAGAAACCCAAACGCCUGCCAACAGGGACAUGAGAAGCUCUUCUUCCCCACCAGUUAAACCCACCACUGCACCAAGAGCUCCUCCAAGGUUACCGAGUCGAAGCGUUCCAUCACAGCCGCCUGUCACUUCAUCGGUUCCAAAACUCUCCUCCACGGCUAAUGGGAAAGCUGAUAGAGAAAAUAUAAAACCCAAAAGUGCUGUGUCAGGAGCAUACAACUACGAUAUUAAAGUUGACUUCCAGCCACCUCCAAAACCGUUCCGAAAAGAUAAAGAAAGUUCGCAGCAGGCGCCCAGAUCAGUCCCAAGCUUUGAAAAGCCUUCAAAAUACGGCCCCCCUCCGGCAAGCAAUGCAGAAACCGCACAAGGUCGUAGUAUACGCGCCCCUCCGCAAAUCCCUUCCCGUGCAGCUUCUUUAGACCCGCCUCCCGCCUAUGAUAGCUCUCAUUCACAUGCCCCCUCCGCCCCUCCCGCAAGUAAUGUUGAACUCCAAUCGCUUUCAGCCUCUUCAAUACAGGCAGGAGCAGAAAAAACGGUGAAAGUGGCUGGAUCAACGAUACAAAUACCUAAAACCAAAAAGGCGCCACCCAUCAAGAAAGCCCUGCCUGGAUCGCUACAAGCUCUCGACACCCACAAAAGCAACCCGGAAGCGAGCGCCCAUUUAACAGAGAAAGGGAAAAAAAGACCACCAAAACCCGCCAAAAAGCAGAGCUUAAUGGAACAGCCUAACAAAACUGCCUCAAACGGUGGAAACAGUAGAGGCAACUUCGAUCAAGAACUUGAGGCAAGGUUGAAGUCCAGAAGUUUUCAUGAGAAACCAGCGGCCGUACCUUCGCUUGUCGAGCACUCCAAUUCGUUCAUAUCUUCCGGCAAAAUAAAAGCUGCCGCUCCUCCUGUAAAACCCAAAAUUCCAAUCAGGCUGGCCAGCAAUGAGGCUCUACAGCCCAACGAGCAAGCCGAAGUGAAGGACGAUAGCGACGGCGACAAUCCGUUCCGGAGGUAUUUGAAGAAUGCAGUUCCGUCCGAAAACGACCGUUUACACAAAAAUUGA